AUGACUCCACAGUGUUUGUGGCCGGUGGUCCUCGCGGCUCUAUUCAUUUCACCCAUCCGAUCUCUGAGCUGUGUUCAUCUGGAUGGCACCACCAGGGAAAAUAUGAAGCUCCUGAGGAGCAUCGUCGUCAGCUCUCCCCUACAAUGUCUGAAAGAAAUCAAGAACUUUGAAUUUCCUAAAGAAAUUCCGUCAUCCUUCCAACAUGUGAAAAGGGACGUUAAGGAGGUCUUCUACCGUGUGUCUGUUUGGGCACUAUAUAUUUUCAGCCAUAAUGGCUCCGUCGACCCUGUGAUAAAGGAACGCCUGCAACGUAUCAGAAUGGGACUUUAUGAGCAAGUGCGGCAAGCUCAGGACUGCUUUAUGGAGGAGGACAGUAAGAUUCAGCAUCCUCAACCAAAGGGCCUCUGGAGGGUCCACCUGGAACUGAACAAGUAUUUUGUCAGAAUCGAAAAGUUCCUGAGCGAUAAAAAACACAGCCUCUGUGCCUGGAUGGUUGUCGGAGUGGAAAUGAGAAGAUGUUUCAUGAUAUUUUACAAAUUCAAAAAACUACUCAAAAUGCAAACAGGAGCCCACCGGCAAGAUCUAGAAAUCGCGGGAGAAGUUUCUCCAUAG